AUGAGGAAAAUCGUUUGCUGUUUUCCCUCAGAAAUCCUUCGUAAACUGCAAAUUAACGAUCACGAUCCUUUAACAAUACAAAGAACUCUUCCAAGCUACCGAUUCUCCUUGAUCCUUCGACACCUGAGGGGUUGGAGUCCUUGCGAAGGUUCCGUCAGCGGAUCCUUAGUACCCGGCGGUCGUCCUGGACUAGUGAUCUUCAAGGAGACCGCCGAUGGGGAAAGAAGCAGUGACUCCGUGA